UCCCGCCGCCUCCCUCCUGCGUUAUGGCCUCGGCGGCGCGCACCUAUGUCUCCAGGUUCAAGUCCUUCGUGAUCUUGUUCCUCACCCCGCUCCUGCUGCUGCCACUCGUCAUUCUGAUGCCCGCCAAGUUCGUCAGGUGUGCCUACGUCAUCAUCCUCAUGGCCGUGUACUGGUGCACGGAGGUCAUCCCCCUGGCCGUCACCUCCCUCAUGCCGGCUUUGCUCUUCCCGCUCUUGAAGAUUCUGGACUCCAAGCAGGUGUGUAUCCAGUACAUGAAGGACACCAACAUGCUGUUCUUGGGCGGCCUCAUCAUGGCCGUGGCCGUGGAGCGCUGGAAUCUGCACAAGAGGAUAGCCCUGCGCACGCUCCUGUGGGUGGGGGCCAAGCCAGCACAGCUGAUGCUGGGCUUCAUGGGCGUCACGGCCUUUCUCUCCAUGUGGAUCAGCAACACGGCCACCACGGCCAUGAUGGUGCCCAUCGUGGAGGCCAUGUUACAGCAGAUGGAGACCGCCGGCUCCGCCGAGGCCGGCCUGGGGGCCCUGGAGCUGGCAGACAAGGGCAGGGCCGGCCAGCUGCCAGGGAGCCAAGUGACCUUCGAAGGGCCCCCCGAGGGGCUGCGGGCCGACCGCGACUGGAGGAGCGUGCGCAAGGCCAUGACCCUGUGCGUGUGCUACGCGGCCAGCAUCGGAGGGACCGCCACACUGACAGGGACGGGGCCCAACGUGGUGCUCCUGGGCCAGAUGCACGAGUUGUUUCCGGACAGCAAAGACCUGGUGAACUUCGCCUCCUGGUUUGGCUUUGCCUUUCCCAACAUGCUGGUGAUGCUGUUGCUGGCCUGGCUGUGGCUCCAGUGCGUCUAUAUGAGGUUCAGUUUUAAGGCGUCCUGGGGCUGCGGGCUGGAGAGCAGGCGUCACGAGAAGGCUGUGUAUGAGCUGCUGUGGCAGGAGUACAGGAAGCUGGGGCCGUUCUCCUUUGCCGAGGCCAACGUCCUGCUCUGCUUCCUCCUGCUGGUCGGCCUGUGGUUCUCCCGGGACCCCGGCUUCAUGCCCGGCUGGGUGUCGCUGGCCUGGGAGGAGGGCGAGACAAAGUACGCAUCUGACGCCACCGUGGCCACCUUUGUGGCCACCUUGCUGUUCGUAGUGCCUUCGCAGAGGCCCCAGUUCAACUUCCGUGGCCAGACGGAGGAGGAAAGGAAAACUCCAUUUUAUCCCCCUGCGCUGCUGACCUGGAAGGUGACCCAGGAGAAAGUGCCCUGGGGCAUCGUGCUGCUGCUGGGGGGCGGCUUCGCACUGGCCAAAGGAUGUGAGGCCUCGGGGCUGUCGGAAUGGAUGGGGGAGCAGAUGGAACCCUUGCACUCUGUGCCCCCGGCGGCCAUCACCUUGAUCCUGUCCCUGCUUGUUGCCGUGUUCACCGAGUGCACGAGCAAUGUGGCCACCACGACCCUAUUCCUGCCCAUCUUCGCCUCCAUGUCACGUUCCAUCGGCCUCAACCCGCUGUACGUCAUGCUGCCCUGCACCCUGAGCGCGUCCUUUGCCUUCAUGCUGCCCGUGGCCACCCCGCCCAAUGCCAUCGUGUUUGCUUACGGACACCUCAAGGUUUCUGACAUGGUGAAAACAGGACUCAUGAUGAACAUAAUCGGAGUCUUCUGUGUAUUUCUGGCUGUCAACACGUGGGGACGGGUCAUCUUUGACUUGGACCAUUUCCCUGACUGGGCUAACCUGACACACGCGGAGACCUAGGGAGAGCCUCGCGACCCGGCACGCCGCCCCCACCCUCCUGAGGACCCGAACCUCCCAGCACACCUCCCGGCACAAGUUUGGGGUUCGCUCCCCAAAGCGAUCCAGUGAUGCCCACACCCCCACGGAGACCCAGCCUGGGGGCUCCAUGCCGAGCUCGGGGGGGAGGGCUCUGCAGGGCGGGAGAGGGGGGAGCCCCCCGGGGGCCUGCUGUCACUCCUGGGACAGGGAUCAGGACACAGGCUCCUGUCCCAGCUCGGCCGCCAGCCGGCCCCAGGCUGGGGUCUGGCGUCAUCUAAGGGGGACUCCGAUCGCAGCUUGGGAAGCGAGAAAACAGCCUCCAGAGCCCGUCCGUCUUCCAGCGUCUCCUGGGCUCCUCCGCUCCUUCCUGUCGCUCGGCAGGGGCCACCCGGCCCGGGGACGGCCGCUGGGGUCGGAGCCUCUGGGACCCGUGGGGACCGUGUUGCAGCCACCGGAGGGUGAGGACUUUGGCUGACAUUAGCCACCGCACACCGCUGGCUAAUCUCCCCUCCUGUCCUCGCCCCGUGUCAGCGGAUGACGCGGACCCUUGCGCAGCCCUCCCACGCACCCCUUCUGUUGUCCGGCCCACACAUGCUCGGACCCCUGGACCGGGGCCCCUUGCACCCCUGAUCCUGCAGGCGGUGAGCCCAGCCCUGGGGGUGCUUUUCCUGACACCCCACGCGGCCGUGGCCGCACUCCACGUACGGGCGGCCGUGGCCCCUUUGGGGCCACCGGUGGGGAUCUGGGUGCUCCUGCACCCGCAGGCCCGGCGUGGACACAGCUGCUGACGGCCAAGAGCAGGGUCCCCACGGGGUCUCCCUGCCGGGGUUUCAGCUCCCCGCCGCUGACUGGUGGCCACAGAGCUGGCCACAGAGCUGAGGAUAAGCAGUGCUCGGCGGUCCCUGGGCUGACAGCAUCUCGUGCCGCCCGGGGCGAGGACGGCAGGGCGGCGCGGGGACCCUCGGGACCUCCACCCCCCGCCCGCCAGCCUCCUUGGCCGCUCUGGAAGCAGAAGCGCAUCAGGAUCCUUGAUGGCAUUUUUCAGGGCAGGACGCCGUUCAGGACUCAGGGCAACGCCCUCGGGGACCAGGCUCCCAGGAGGGGAUCAUUCCGGGCCCUGCCCCGAGUGCCUUCCACGGACAGGUGCGCUGGCUCUGGGAGGGGGCAGGGGGGUGAGUGAGCCUUACUGGCCGCCCACCUCCUGUCCCCGGUGCUGUCCCGGCAUCUGUCCCUGGGUCCCCGCGGCAGCCACAUGGGCUGGGCCGGUGUUAUCCUCACUUGUCUGUCGAGGACACGGGCUCCGAGGGGCCAAGUCACGUGUCCAAAGUUGCGUCCAGGUUGGCGGCAGUUAGGGCUCCAUCCGGACGUUCCACCUUGGUGUCCACUGCUCCCCGUCUAGCCGAGAAGGGCCUUGGCCCCCAGGGGCCUGUCGGGGACAGUGGGGGGCCAUGGGUUCGGGGGAGAGAGUCGCACCGGGGCCCCCACCGCUGCCUCCUCAGAGGCGGGCUCAAGACAGCACGGGGCGUCUGUGUCCGAGGGAGCAAAGUGUCCGGUUAGGGAGAGUGUGAGGAUGGCCGGCUGCCCCUCCAAGGUGAGGGACAUGUCCGUGCCCCUGUCCGAGGGCCCCGAGGGCCUGGGCCCCCGCCGGCCGGGAGCUGGGACGUUGGCCGGGCCAGAGGGGCCAAUGUGGGUGCGGCCGGUGGACCCGCCCAGAGGGUGGUCGUGAGCGAGGUCAUGAAGGGAAGGCCGUCCAGGAGGCCUGGCUCGGGGCUGGGGGCAGGGGGGCUCCGGCUGGCUGACAGGGAGCUGGGCAGGGGCUUCCGGAGAGCAGACCCUCCGGCUGGGGACCAGACCACAGGCUGCUUCUACACAACUUCUCCCGAAGCCGCGCGCACUCCCUUAUGGCCAGUGCCUGCCAGGACUGCGUUCGGCUGCAAAGUAACCGUCGGGCAUGUGGUGUCCCCGGGACAGGAACUCUGAGGUCGAUGGCCCUGGACUCCUGAGCACACGGAGCUUUCACUGUGACGCUUGCCCCCGCGGCCCCUGGCCCUGGAGGCGGGAAGAAGGGGGCGUGAGGUCUGCUGCGUCGUCCCCUUUCACCAGGAAAGCAAACGCUUUCCCCGAAGGCGUCUCCCCUCCAGGGGCUGCCGGCCACAGCGUGGCCACAGGCCACCGUCAGGCAGGUUGUGGACCCAGGGCAACCGGAGCGCCGUCAGGACGUCAGGAGGCCAGUCGGGACUCCUCUCCCGGGCCUGGGGACUGGGCCCACGUUUCCUCCACCCACCACAACGUCGGGGUUCUGGCAGGAAAACGGUGGGGGUGCUGUUGGGCCGCUAACGAACAGGGCUACUCUGGCCCCUCCGAGGGCCCUUCCCCAAGGGACCCACGGCUCCCCUCACCCACCGCCGCCCCCACCCGGUCUUCGCCAUUUGCCGGAAGGCCUCGCACACCUCUGCCCCGUCAACAUUUUGCCUCUGAGAGGUUCUGCCCAAGACCCUUGUUCUCUCUUCUUGGCACCUGCCUGGACGUUUGGGCCCGAGGUUCACUGAGCACGCGGUCCUGACCGGGACGGCUCUCUCAGCCGUGUGGCCGGGGACUCACGACCCCGCGGGGGUCCCGCGCAUUGCCCAGGUUGUGCAGUGUCCACCCCCGUCCCCCAGGCUGAGAGCUUCCUCAGGGAAAGGCCCCAGCCUCCCCCGCUGGCAGGGCCAGUGAGCCGACGCGUCCCCGGGACGGGUGACCGGUCCCUCCUCCCCACCGUCCGUUCCGCGGCGGCCGACGAGGGACAGCGAGUCCUCUGCUCUGGGCUCCGAGCGGGGAUGAGCUCGGCAGCAUGGAGUCCAGCCUCAAAGUGAACACUCAGUGGGCUUCUUGGUGGCUUGUCCUCGGAGUAGAAGUGAAGACCAGACCCAGGGCUGUCUGGAGGUCCUGCUCGUGCCUCAGAACCCCUUCUUCUAGGUGCUUCUCCCUCAGGUCCUACGGCCUCUUAGGAGCUGUACCUCCCAACCCACCGGGGAAGCUUCCUCUCACACACACACACACAAAACUAGGAGUUUCCACCAGAUAACCCCCCUGUGCCACGAGCUGGGUUUUCACGUUCUUCAGUGGAAAUCUGACCAUCUCGGGCUGAAAUCCUUGCAGUCCGGUAUUGGGUUUAUUUCUCUUGGUGCCCUGGUUCAGGAUUCUGCUUCUCCCUUCCCUGGUCUGCUUGUCCAGAUGCCCACGUCCACCCUGAGCGACGCAGGCUGCCCCCGGCUGGCCGCCGUAAGGCAGCGUUUAUGGCCCCGCUUCCAGAGAAACCCCAGACUUGAGUCUCGGAAUGCUGUUACCCAGCCGGGAAAGUCUGGCUCGUUUUUGUACUUAAAAAGUUAACACCAACACGGUACAAGAAAUUCCGACGGUACCAAACAGCGUUGAGAUGUGCCCUCCACGCCGGACCUCAAGGCCUCCAGCCCCUCCGGAAAGGGGUUCGCCAACAGUGUCUUCCACAUCCUUCCAGAAACAUCUCGUAUAUAUGAGCUAUUGAAAUAGAUGUACAUCCUCCUUAUCGCGCGGGGCAUGCUGCGUGCACUGUCCUUAUUCCCGCCGCUCCCCUUAAUUUAUUUGGAGAUCAUUCCAUUCCAGGGCAUGUUAGGUUUGACUCGUUUUUAUGUCUUUCCAUUCAGCGGUUAAUUUUGUUUUUAAAUUGAGGUGAAAUUAAAUCCAGUGAAUUGUACGGGUCUUGAGUAUACAGCUCAGUGUUUUAAGCAACCGUCUACACCUUGUAAGCGACAUCGCCGCCCCCACCCCCCACCCCGGCCCACGUUCCCGCCUCCCUCCGCCUGGAAGGCCGUGGCCCCUUCCCGUAACCCACCCCCUCCCCCAGGCAGCCCCUGUUCCCGUAAACCUCCCUUACCGCGGGCUAGCUUUGCUCGUUGAACUUCAUACACACACGGAUCCGUAAAGAACACACCCUCUUGUGUCUGAUGUAUUUGCUGAACCGAAUGCUUCUGGUAAUUCACGCUGGUCGCUGUUGCUGAGUGGCGAUCUGUUGUGCGAACAGGCUACAGUCUGUUUACUGUCCUUGGGUGGACCUUUGGGGUGUUCCAGUGUGGGGUUAUUACGAAUAAAGCCGUUACCUUCUCUGCA